AUGGGUGCAAAAGAUUCAAAACCUAGUUUUAUAUCUUACGAAGAUGCUACAAAGAGGGUGAGCGACAGUGAACUACGGCGUAUUCGUGAAGCAUUCAAAAGAUGUGCCGGUACUAAUGGUACAGCCUUGAGUCUUGAAGCAUUUGUCCAUGAAGUGCUGUGUGAUGGAGUUCCGUUCGAGGUAGCAGAAUGGCUGUAUCAGGCUUGUGGUGGCACGAAGCGAGGAAUCGCAUUUAAGGAUCUUUUGUGUGGCAUCGUCGUUCUGACCAAAGGAAACAUUGAAGAGAAAAUCAAGUUCCUAUGGACGCUCUAUGUAAACAAUCAAAGUGAAAAUGGCACCUACAUAUAUAAGCGCGACUUUGCCCGUGCUUUGCAGUUGGAGAAUACAUCCCUGUCAGUUGCUGGAGAACAAAGAACAGCAGACAUCUUGACUAGCUUAUUUGGUCACAGUGAAAGAGUCACCUUUGAGCAGUUCCGAUCCUGGCUACUCAUACAUAAAGAUGCAACUGUUCUGUCAAAAUGGCUAUUAUCAGAUCGGGGCAGUAUAUCCCAUGACUUGGAGACUCCGACCUUCUACCAGAGCCUGGCUGGUGUAACUCAUUUGGAGGAAAGGGAUAUAAUAGAGCUGGAGAAGUGGUUCUGGUCGCUGCGCAAUAAGUCUGUCAGCGGGCAGCUGGACGCGGAGAGCCUGGCGCCUUUGUUGUCGCCGCCUUUACCGCGCGCCGCAGUGGCGGGCGUGCUGCGCGCGCUCGACGAGAACCGCGACGGGCACGUCGACUUCAAGGAGCUGUGCUGCGGGCUCAGUGCGGCCGGCCGCGGCCCGCGCGCCGACCGCCUCAAGUUCUGCUUCAAGAUUUUCGACUUGGACGGAGAUGGAAUUCUUAACAAGAAGGAAAUAAUCGACAUGGUUGAAAUACUGUGCACCGUUGCCAACGAGUCCUUCAAGUACCAGAGCUCCAGAGCCUCGACGCCCUCGGACAACACAGAGUCUGAAGGCGACAAGGAUUUUGAUCCUGAAGUAGUCCUUCUCAAUUUAAGAGAUAAGCUGGUGACAGUGUCGAAGAACGGAAAGAAACCGGUGUUUCAGCUCGGGCCAAAUAAUGACGGGGAUGAAAUUUUAAUACAGAAUAAAGUUGAAGAAGAACUUGUUGCGAUAAAAGAGGACACAGGGAGGUCGUGCCUGAUCGGGUCGGACAUGGCGCUGACGGCAGAGGACUUCCUGAUCUGGAGCGUGGAGAGCGCGGCGCGGCUGGUGCGUCCGCUGCUGGAGCUGCUGUUCGACGUGUGCCACGUGACGCUGGGCCUGCGCCCGCACUGCCGCCACCACGAGCACGACAUCGUGAUCCGGUGGAUGCAGCGCGAGACGGCGCGCGGGUACGCGGUGGGGCAGUUCUGGUACCUGGUGGGCAGCGAGUGGUGGGCGGCCUGGCUCGCGCACUGCGCCGCGCCCGCCGCCUGCUGCCGAGCGCCGCCCCGCCCGCCCGGCACGCCCUGCCCGCCCUACCCGCCCUACCCGCCCUACCCACCCGACGACGACAGCUUCACCACCAACUCUACCGAGUCGAUGGGGUCGCUGCUAUGGCGCGCAGAGAGUGCGUCGCUGGGCAGUGGUGGCAGCGGUGGCAGCGCGGGCAGCAGCAGUGGCAUUGGCAGCGCGCCCGUGCCCCGUGCCACACACCCCGGCCCCGUCGACAACCGCCGUCUGCUGGCGCCGGACCACCUCAAGGUGCGCACGCUGACGGGCGAGGGCGGACUGCUGCGGCGCGACGUGACGCUGGCGCAGCACCGCGACUUCGAGCUGCUGCCCGACGCGCUGUGGCGCGCGCUCGCGCUCUGGUACGGCGGCCCGGACCCGCUGCCGCGACAGGUGAUCAGACCACCGAAUUCGGAUGUCGAAAUUGAGCUAUACCCAUUACAACUGAAGAUUCUUCGUCAUGUUCCGAGCACUCCACGUGUGGGCGUGGGCGCGAGUGCAGUGGGCGCGGGAGCGGGCGCCGCGCUUUAUAGCAGCGUGCCAGCCGCGCCCGAGCGCCAGCUCGCCUACACCGCCGCCUUCUCGCGCCUCGCCACCGUCAAGCAGGUACGUGAGUGA